AAGCGUUCCACCUGGUUGCAACAAACACAUCUCCUCAACUCCUCGGCUCCCAAUUACAACCACACACUCUGGCCUCCGUCGUGCUUACCCAUAGUCUAGACUGACAGGCCACUUCCCUCGAACAAACACCGCUUUAGAGCAGACAUUUUCCGUUCCGCCGCCCACCACGGAUCUCCUCGGAACACCUUCUUUGAGCCCUACCUGCUCGAGCGAGAGCUCCCAUUCCACCACUCCCCUCCGUGCACCUGUGUCUCACAACGAGAACCCAACACCACCACCGACCCACAGAUCCACACCCGAGCCUGCAUUCAACAAGAUGCCCGCUCCAAUCGAUAUCACUUCUCGGCCACAACCCCACCAACCCAAAUCGAAUCUUACUAGUCAGCUGCGAGCGGCCGAGGGCACAGGUUAUGCCGCUCCGGAGGCUCGGGCUGGCAGCGUGUCACAUAGUAAUGGCGUCCCGAUGUCGAAUAGACUGAGGCGAGAGAGUAUGGUGAACAGUGAGAUGGCUAGAAGUUUGAUGGGCGCCGGUGCCAUGAGCUGGGGUGCUGUAAGUGUUGGAAGUUGGAUAAGGGACGAGUAAGUUAUUUCCCUGGAACAGAGUUUGAUGCAGACGCCUAUGUGAUGCUUGGGAAUUUAUCUAUGCUUACUGGGCAUUAUGGAUUUAUCCUUCUUGUCAUCUCAUUGCCCAUUAGUGGUGCUUAUAAACCCUUAUUAUCCCCCUCUGUCCCUCCGCACUCCUUACCUGUUCCAAAGUACCGUAACAAUUUUUAACACCUUUCUGUAGCAUCAUCAUGGCAGGCACUUCACCAUUCACAUUCAAUUCUCCUUCCUUUCACUCCUCCUCAUAUCUUCCAAAGCUCGAGGCCGAGUUUUGCCGAGAUUUUUCUUGCUGCGGUUUGCCACUUCCUUCCUUACAUGAUCUUCUAAGGCAUUAUGAGGAGUUUCACGCACAGCAAACCGGACCUGUACGUCGGGACGAGAACGGUGUUUCUGGUCAUGAUCUCGAGCGGCAACACGGGCAGAUCCACCGUCCCCAGAGACGAGACGCCAGUGGUAUGACAAGCCCUAUUAGUGGUAUGGGUGGCAUACAGCUAGGGAUGAUGCAGCAGCAGCAACUUCAGCGACUGAAGCAACAGCAGCAACAGCAACAGUCAGCAGAAGCGAGCAGUCAAGAGAUGAGAGAGGAGGAGGAACAAGACGGAGAGAUUGCCGGUGACAUGGAAAUGGACGAUGAGGAAAUGACCCCCCCGCCUAACGCGGGCCCACUUACCCCGCAGAGCCAUAAUCAAUACCCCUCGCAUCCACCCACACCCUCUACACAUAGCCAUCCCUCAUAUCAGAACACUCCAAAUCUGCCACAUGCUCAACUCUCUAGUCUCAACAUUAACCAGCAACCUUCACAUUUUUCUCCCGAGUCUUCUGGCCCGGGUACUCCGCUUGCUAUGGACCAGUUAGAAUACUCGUUUCCUCCUAACAUGAGCAACAUGCAAGGCGUCGUAGGCACUCAAAAUAACGGUUUCAAUAAUAGCAACACCUCAUUCGAAAAUAGGGGUGACAUGUCACUCGAUUUGUGUAUCGACGAGCCUGCCAAACGCCUCUUCAGUCCUGGAGGGCAAGCAAUGAGUGGGGGGUACACACAGCAGCAGUUGCAUAUGCUAAUCUCUGGAGGCGGUAAGUAUUGGAUUGUGGAUGUUCUGCAUGUUACAUGGCUAAUGUUUGGAUAGCUCAAGGUGUUCGCUCCGGAACCCAAGGUGUGCAAAGCGUUCAACACGAAGACAAACCCUUCAAAUGCCCUGUUGUUGGUUGCGAAAAGGCAUAUAAAAACCAGAAUGGCCUCAAAUAUCAUAAAUCUGUAUGUAUAUCCCCCUUUAGAGUCUAUAAAUGCCAAAUCAUGACGGUCUGUCAGCACGGGCACACCAACCAACAACUUUUUGCCAACCCAGAUGGAACAUUUUCUAUCGUCAAUCCCGAAACGUCGGCGCCGUACCCCGGCACAUUAGGCAUGGAGAAAGAGAAACCUUAUCAAUGCGAACUUUGCGGUAAACGGUACAAGAAUCUCAACGGUCUCAAGUAUCAUCGAGCACAUUCUGCUCAUCCCGCUGCGGUUCCACCGCCAGGCGGUGUCGUAGCUGUUGCUGGCACUGGCGAAAGUGGGGCUGCCUUAGCGUGAGCAGUCAUGGUAUUUGUUGGAUUUCAAUUAUCCGGUGUCUUACCUUUUCCUUUCCACUUCGGCCAUGAUGUUUAUGGUUUUUUUCCUUUUUCAUUCAUCAUUUUUUUUUCUUGGGGGGGGGGGGGGGCAGUUCAUUUCCUUAAUUCUGUACCAAUUUCUUUGUAUGGGUGGUAGCGUUUCCUUAUUUCGAUCCGGGUUUUUUUCCCUUUCUCUCUGGGUGGGGUUCUUGGUGGCAAUGAUCAUAGCUCGCGGCUUUAGGACAAAAACUUCUCAAAGGAAGGGGUUUCCUGGAGGAAGGCGGGAGAGAUAUCAUUUGGUUCUCGUGUCAUGCACCCCACCGCCAGAUCUCUUUUCUGUUUUCUUUGCUUGGUGUUCUGUUUCUAUGGGUCAUCGUUUCUGGGCGCCUUAUUCGUUAGCUUUUUAAAUGGGGGCCGGUUUCUAACGACAAAUACGGAAAAUGGCAAAGUACUGAAGAGAUCAUGACAAACCGGGGUUUUUCUUAUACAAAAAGUUAUUGAUUUGUUUUCCUUUUGUUGUUAGCUUUUUGUAUAAUUUUUUUCUUUCUUUGCUAGCUCUUUGAUCAUGCCAAUUUUCUGCAUUUCCUAAACUUCCUUUCGUGUCAUCUGUCUACUUCCCUUCUCAUCCUGAUACACUGUUUUUACUUGACCUGGGUGUUCUAUCUAUUUCUUUUUCCGCUGGCUUGUACGGGGAUGGCCAUGAUUCGGAAUUGCCUACUCUAUUCUGUUUCUGUAGGGUAAGAUAGGAGGCCGGAAAUCUUAUUUAUUAUUUGCGCCCAAUUCAUUCUGUAAUUGUUUUU